AUGCGUCAUCACUUCCUUCUCUCCAAGCCGCCCCUGCCUUCCUCUCGAUGGGUCUGGGGGCUGACCGAAGCACAGACGACAAGCCAGUUCGCAAGAAAAACACCAUGUGAAGUAAGGUGUAUAUAUAAAAGGGACGCGGAAAGCAAACUUGCAAAGAUAAAAGACACCUAUACCAUGCCGACCAGUGAUGGCCCCAGCAACCUACCGGUCUUUGUGGCUCCUCCGCACGGCAAUCACCAGAGGUCUCCAGGUUAUGUACCUGGGCGGGUGGCUCCAGCUCGCUUGCCACCUCCUGCCAAAGCUCCACCUCCUCCACCGAUAAAACCUCACGGUCCGCCGCCGGGCCGACAAGCUACCUUCAGCCUGUCAAGGGAGAGCCAGCGCAGGGAGCAUGCUCUGAGCCUCCAGCAAAGAAAGAACACACUGAUUUGCUUUGGAGUAUCCAUGGGUGCUUUCUUCCUCACACUUAUCCUUGUCCUUUGUCUCACAAGUGGAGAUGUAUUAGAUGAGAAUUGUCCAGACCACAACCCAUCUCUUAGUACCUGGAACCCAGGCCACAAACCAGAGAAGGCUGUUGUUGUCAGGAGGGGCAAUUUGUUUAGACUGGACUCUUCUGCUACCUUUCGUUCACUAACCAUUCAGUCGGGAGGUCAGGUAGUUUUUGCAGACAAUGCUGACGGCUCUAAAAACAUAACCUUGAGAACUCAUCACAUCCUUAUAGAAGAAGGUGGAGCCUUUCACAUCGGUGCUCCCAAAUGUCGCUACCGUUCUCAUGCCACUAUUGCCCUUGUGGGACGCUCUGACAACACAGCCGUCCCUGAGAUCCCUGGCCUGGGCCGCAAAUUCAUCGGCGUUAAAAGUGGCGGAACUCUGGAGCUGCAUGGUACAGAGAGAGUUUCCUGGUCUCUGCUGACCCGAAGCAUCCCUGCCACUGGGCUGGCCACAGGGGGUCAUGUCUUCCAGCGGAACUUCAGCAGAGGCAUCAACCUGCGCGUGGUGGACCAGGACACAACUGCCAUGCUCGUCCAGGAACGCUAUGACACACACGAGUCCCGUAAUGACAGUCGAAGACUCACCCAGCUGCUGCAGUCCCUGCCGGCAGGCCGUAUUGUUGCACUGGCUGUAGGCGACUCGGCUGUCAAAAGUCUUCUGGACGAAACCAAGAAGGCCAUUAAAGAGAAGCUUGGCAGCAACUUUGUCUAUGACCUUAAAUACAGACAGGCAUGGGCUUUGGUCUCAGUGAUAGGCGGUGGUAAUGGGUCAUGCUCAGAAGAUGUUAGGGAACAUGAAAACCAUGACACAGGGGGGAGAGCACUAGCAAGACGCAACUUCACCACCGUGGACGGAGUGCGCUUCUCGGUCACCGCCUACAGCGAGUGGAAGAAUGGUUCCCCCAUCUCAGGCUUCCAAGUUGUGGACCAGGUGGUGCUUAACCUACAAGAUGAAGUACAACCGACCUGGAAACCUGGGGAUCAGAUUGUAGUUGCCAGUACAGACUACUCCAUGCAUCAGGCUGAAGAGUUUACACUGUUGCCCUGCCCUCACUGCAACAGCAGGCAGGUCAGGAUACAAGGGAAGCCUCAGUAUAGCCAUGUUGGAGAGAUCAUAGAUGGAGUCGACAUGCGUGCUGAAGUGGCUCUGCUCUCCAGAAACAUUCUCAUCUAUGGAGAAAUGGAAAAAUCCUGCUACGGAAACAACCUGUGCCAGUUCUACAACCACGACACCUAUGGAGGCCACAUCAAGAUCCUUGGUAACUUCUCAUCAGUGCAUCUGUCCCAUGUGGAGCUGAAGAACAUGGGUCAGCAGAGAGAGAAGGGCCGCUACCCCCUUCACUUUCACAUGUGUGGAGAUGUUGACCAGAGGGGAGGCUACUUGGAGCCCACCUAUGUGGACGGACUCUCCAUACACCACAGCUUCUCCCGCUGUCUCACGGUCCACGCCACCAAUGGUCUGCUGGUGAAGAACACUGUGGGUUAUGACACCUUGGGUCACUGUUUUUUCCUUGAGGAUGGGAUUGAGCAGCGUAACACUUUAUUCCACAACCUUGGCCUGCUGACUCGACCCGGGACUCUGCUGCCCACUGACCGCAAUGAAACUCUCUGUACCAGCAUCAAGGACAAAGUCCACAAGGGCUACACUCCCUCACCCAGCACAGAGUGCAAGGCAGUCUCAACGUUCUGGAUUUCCAACCCCAACAACAACCUCAUCAGCAAUGCAGCAGCUGGUUCUCAGGACGCUGGCAUAUGGUUUGUGUUCCACAACUCUUCCACUGGCGACUCUCAUGGGCUGGUACCAGAGACCAAGGCUGAGCUCACUCCCCUGGGAAUUUUUUACAACAACCGUGUACAUUCCAACUUCAAGGCAGGACUGUUCAUUGAUAAACGGGUGAAGACAACCAAUGCCAACGCUGCUGACCCCCGGGAAUACCUGUGUCUAGACAACAGUGCCAGAUUCCGACCACACCAGAAUGCUGACCCUAGCCGUCCUCGGGUGGCAGCCGUCAUCGACACUCUGAUCUCCUUCAAGAACAAUGACUUGGGAGCAUGGAUACGCGGUGGUGACAUCAUCAUCCAGAACUCGGGCUUUGCUGACAAUGGAGUGGGAUUAUCUUUUGCCAGUGAUGGCAGCUACCCUAAGGAUGAAGGCUCCAGCCAGGAGGUGACGCAGUCUCUGUUUGUGGGUGAGAGCCAAAACAGAGGAACCAUUGGAGGACAGAAUAAAUACUCGGGACUAGGAGGUGCUGAUGGAAAGAUGAGGACGCUGCCUAGAAACAGGACGUUCCCUAUCCGAGGUUUCCAGAUCUAUGAUGGUCCAGUGCGGCUUAAACGGAGUACAUUUACUCGGUUUGUCCCCACACCAGAGCGUUAUACCAGCUCAGUGGGAUUCACCCUGAAGAACACCUGGCAGCUCUCCCCACAAAACAACCUGUCCCAGCUCAGCUUCCACUCCACCGUGGAUCUGCGGGCAUUCUUUGGCCGCCCUGGGCAGUGGUUUGAAGAAAACGACCUGGACGGUGACAAAAACUCUAUCUUUCACGAUGUUGAUGGCUCAGUAACAGGCUACAGAGACACUUAUGUCGGCAGAGCAGACAACUACUUGAUCCAGCAUCCUGGCUGUGUGAACAUGUCUAAGUGGAAUGGAGUGAUCUGCAGUGGCCGCUACUCUCAGGUGUACAUUCAGACUCGGGGAGCCCCCAGCCUUACUUUGUCCAUCAGCAGAGAUGAGUACUCUGCUGCUCCCCUGGUACUAAGGGGGAUUAACAGCCAGGCGGCACUGUCUCAGCAGUACCAGCCCGUCCUGAUGAUGAGCAAGAGCUACACUUUGCACUGGAGUGGACCUGCACCCAGAGAGAUUGUCCUAUCUCUCAUCAACUUUGAUAAAGGCAACUGGGUGCUGGUGGGACUCUGUUAUCCUUCAGACACCACAUUUCAGGUCAUGGCCGACACCAACAAUAGGCAGAGCAACACCUUUGAUGACAUCAUAGACUACGGCACUGUGUCAUCCCUUGCAGAGCUGGAGAAGAGACCAAUGGACAGGAAGUACUACUUUGACCAGUCUGUUGGCUUGUUGUGGCUCUACCUUCGAGCCCGCCACAGUCGUGACGGCCACAGCUACUGUUCAGUAAAAGGCUGUGAAAGAGUGAAAGUCACGGCCACCACAUCCUCCAGACAGACUUGUAACUGUACAGCUAAGACCUACCCGAAGUACUCUAAGACUCCCUCAGCAGUGGUGCCUAUGCCGACUCGAAACACAAAGCCCUGUGAAGAUUGUGGUGCUAAACAGCUUGUGUUUUCCAGUGAGCCAUGGACAGCCUACCUCCAGACUCAAGUCAAGUCUCUCAGCAGAAAAGAGGAGCAGAGAGGAGAUAACAGCUCCUUUAUUACUGUGAAUGGAGUGACCAUGUCCUUCUCUCGGCCCGGGUAUUUCUUGGUCUUAGUGGAUGCCUGCUCUGGAAAAGUCACCAAAAAAAACACAUUUCCUAAAAUGAACACCCAGAUGGAACAGUACCUCAAAGCUGGAAUACCAAAGAGUUCAGUAGUGCUGAUGGCAACGCGAGGUCAGCCAGAAGGCCUGACUGGCUUAGCACCGUAUCUGGUUUCCUUAGGUAUGGCCAAAGCUGCUGAUCUACACGGUAAAGAGUGUCUGGCACUUUGGGGAUUCCUGGGUUGCUCUCCACGGCCUCCAUCUGUUUCUCUACAAGUGUGUCAGGGGAAUGACUUCCUGGGGCUGCAAGAACGCUACCUGCCCCUGGGUUUAGAAGCAUGUGGCUGUGCGCCGCCUGCAGCUCAAAUGCGCAAAGACCUGGAGCUGCUCAAAAAAGCCACAGGACUAUAACUAUGACUUAUGUGAACUAUACUUGCCUACCAAAACACUCUUGC